AUGUCAACCCUAUUUAGUCAGUUAGAGGACCUCAUUCGCUCUGGGCAUGAGGGACAUGCUAGCGCUGCCUCUGUAUUAGCCCAGCUAGGCACUCCUUGCGCCUCAGUCGCCAUCAUGGAAGAUGGUGUAAUAUCAUCUCACUGUUUUUCGACUGGCAAGGAUGACACAGAGACAAUCUUCCAAGCUUGUAGCAUAUCGAAGCCAACGUUUGCGGUCGCUUUGAUGAAACUCGUUGACCAAGGCAAGCUUAGCCUUGAUGGCUGCAUCGGCGAUUUAUUGCCACAGGAUGUUUUGGAUAUAUUGACAAAAGAUGCAUCUUCUGCUCGGAUAUCUGCCAUCAAGAGCAUCACCGUCUCCCAGCUUCUAAGCCAUACCUCUGGGCUCUCCCAAGGUGGCUUCCCCGGCUACUCUGUCUUGGACGAUGCUCGGAUUCCAACACCGCGUGAGGUGUUAGCUGGCGCAUAUCCUGUCAAUACUAAAGACGUGCACUUGCAAGGAUUUCCGGGCCAGUCGCUAUCCUACUCCGGCGGUGGAUUCACAGUCCUUCAGUUUGUCUUUGAAAGCAUUACGAAAAAGGACUUGCCCACAGCAAUGCAGGAUAUAGUACUUGGACCUCUAGGCAUGACAAGAUCUUUCUACAAUGAACUACCACCCGAGGAGAAAAACUCAGCAAAAGCACACUAUACCGGCUACACUCCCUGCGAGGAUGCUCAGCGUGUCAACCCUGAACAAGGUGCUGCGAGCUUAUGGACUACACCCAGCGACAUCUUGAAACUGGUCAGAGCCGUACAGCAAUCUCUCCAGAGCUCUGAUAAUAGCGGAUUCCUUCGACAGGAAACAGCCAAGACCAUGUUGACGGUCGUAGAUCUAGACAUUGCCCAUUCAUGGUUUAUACCCGGAGAUUCACGAACAGUCUUUUCGCACGGCGGCAGCAACUGGCCCGGCUUCAGAACGUAUGUUGCGGGGUAUGCGAAUCUUCCUGGUGGAAGCAAAGUCGAAGUGCCAAAGAAUUGCGGCAUCUCUAUCAUGACGAAUUCGGCAGAGGGAGACUUUACCAUAUGGAAACUCUUGCAAGCCAUACCUUUCCUUAAGAAGUGGCCAGAGAUUCCUUAUCCAAUAGGCUAUCCAACAAUCGUGCCAUUGGGAGCGCCCAAAGCAGAAGUUGAUGCCGGAUGGAAGCGUUGGCUGGGCAAUUGGACUUGCGGCAAGAAGAGUUGGAGUAUUCAGGCCGACGAGACUGGCCGACCAGCUAUUCGGUAUGAUCAGCUGCUGCCUUUCCCGCUCGUGGAGGCAGCGAUGGCAGACGCAAAGGUCGACAGCGGAGCAGAAGUGAUGAACUUGGUGGUGGAUGGUCUGGAAGUGUUGAUACGGUUGCGCGAUGAUGAUACAGUAGAAGUGAUCAAUGGGAAGAGCUCAAAAACAGUCAAGUUAGCUAGGGCUUGA